UAAAAAUAAAUACCGCUCCACUGGCCCUUUGUUGCUUUUUGGCCUCACUGGUUUUUCUCUACGGCCAUGCCUUUUACUUUUCUCCGUUCACUACCAAAUACAGAAAAGGCUCGCAGCUCAAACGCUCGACAACGUUUGCUCGUCCCUUCCGUAGCCAUUAUUUUAACUCUAUCUACUUUCUUUUAUUUCUCUUUAGUCUCUCUUCCUCCCACCAAAGCCAACGCUCUUACUUUAUAAAAUCUCUGGUUCUGUCUCCAAAACCCUUCUAGGGUUUAUAAAUUUUGGCUAUUUUGAAAACUUUGGAUUUUUUUUUUUUUUAGAUUUUUUGGGACACUGGUUAAGUAAAUUCAAGGAAAGUUCCUGAAUCGAAAAAGCUUUUUUUGAGCUAGUUUUGGGGGCUGCUCGUAAUAUGCAAUUUCAUUAUAAGCAUAGCAAUAAUGAUUGAGAAAGCAAAGAAGCACAAAAAAGGUUCAAUCAGUGAAGAAGACAUUGCCACUGUCUUACGGAGGUAUACAGCGACUACAGUGUUGUCAUUGCUCCAGGAAGUGGCUCACUGUACGGACGUGAAGAUCGAUUGGAAUGCGCUGGUGGAGAGGACUUCAACUGGGAUUACUAAUCCCAGAGAGUAUCAGAUGCUAUGGCGCCAUUUAGCUUAUCGUGGAGCUUUUCUUGAUAAAAUUGAGGAUGAGGCUCAACCUCUGGAUGAUGAUAGCGACCUAGAAUAUGAAUUGGAAGCUUUUCCUGCUGUUAGUAGUGAAGCUUCAACUGAGGCUACAGCAUGUGUGAAGGUGCUGCUUGCUUCUGGUUUACCAAGUGACUCCAGUCUUCCUAAUGGUCCAACAGUUGAAGCUCCAUUGACCAUAAACAUACCUAAUUUCCAGUCAUCUAGGGCUUUAGAAAGUUUGCAACCUCCUUGUUCAAUGCAAGGGAUGAAUAUUACGGUUCCUGUUUCUGUUCAGAAACAGCCUGCCCCUUCAGGAACAGUUGCUGAAGGAUCAGAUGCAAGUGGACCAGCUAGCAGCAGCAUGUUUCCUAGAAGGAGAAGAAAACCAUGGUCGGAGGCUGAGGAUAUGGAACUAAUAUCAGCUGUGCAGAAAUGUGGUGAAGGGAAUUGGGCAAAUAUUUUAAAAGGGGACUUCAAGGGGGAUAGAACUGCUGCACAGCUAUCACAGAGGUGGGCCAUUAUUAGGAAGCGACAUGGCAACUUGAAUACAGGAGGCAGCUCGACUGGCACACAACUUUCUGAGGCGCAGUUGGCAGCUCGUCAUGCAGUGUCCUUAGCCCUGAAUAUGCCAGUUAAAAACCUAACGGCUAAUGCAAUUGGUAUUGGCAGUGGAACAAAUGCCACCAGUAACUUCGCAGGAAUAAAUGCUACCAGUAACCUAGCCAGAGCAAAUGCCACUAGUAACUCGGCUGGAGCAAAUGUCACUAAUAACUCUGUUGGAACAAAUGCCACAGGCAACUCAGCUGGAAUGAACGCAGCUAGUAACUCUCUACGUCCUACUUUUUCUUCUGAAUCUUCAGUAGCUGGCAGCAGCAGCAGCUUUGCACAAGCACAAAAACAGUCUCAGCAAAGUGUUGUUGCAGCGAAACCGUCUCCAGCAGGCUCAUUGGGUUGUGCUGCAAAAUCUCGAAUCAUCACCAAAAAGCCCUCGGUUAAGUCUGUUUCCAACUCAGAUGCUACUGUAAGAGCCAUGGCAGUUGCUGCUGGGGCACGCAUUGCUUCUCCAUCGGAUGCAGCAUCACUGUACAAGGCUGCACAGGCAAAGAAUGCUGUUCAUAUUAUGCCCACAGGUGGUGCUCCUAUUAAAUCGUCUGUGCCUGGGGGAGUGGCCAACAACCCAGAAGCUCAUCCUAAUGGACGCUACAUCUGUCCUGGCAUGUCAGCUACGCCAGUUUCCCCCUACCCAGCUGCCUCAUCCAGUGCCUCACACUCGGGUUCAGUUAAAGCUGUCUCAUCAACAACUCAGCAUACUGUAUCUACUGAUCCUGCAUCACUAAAUGUGUUGUCUAAACAAACUAAUGAAGAAAGCUGUACUUUGGUCGGUGAACCAUCAAUAGAGGAGGUUAAGAGUACAGAGGAGCGCACAGUUACUGUGCCUGGUGAUUCUACAAAAGAUAAAAUACAAGGAGAUGGAGUUUGUGUCUCGGUAAAUGUGCAGGAUGAGCUAGUCCAGGAAGAUAAAGUGGGUUCACCCAAACAGGAGGCCAAGCUAAAAGUAAAUGAUGCAGAAGCUGAUGUUGAGAAUCCUGUUAGUUCAUUGAAUGUGAAGACAGCUGAGAGCAAUCAUGAAGCUGUCAUUGACAUCAAGCCUAAAGAUAGGCCAAGUGAGAAUGGUGUCAAGAUAUCUGGUUCACCUGUUAUAGGAGAUGAUAACCAUUCUACAGCAAAGGAAAAUUGUGAGAAUCAAAACAAAAAUGAGAUGAAGGAAGAUAUCCCAGUCAGAGUAUCAGAUGGAUGCAGUGAAAAAUUGGAGACACUGGGAAAAUAUGAGGCUGGGAAUGAGAUUUAGGAGGAAAUUCUUUAUUGGGUUUUGGAUCGAAUUGUUUAGUAAAACGUGUAUUGUAUAGUUUGCAAUUAAAGAAUAUUUGUGGAAUUAAAAGACGGUACAAAUCUCUUUGUUAAUGAUGUAAAUUCUUUUUAUUUUC